AUGGACCUUCAGCUGGACCGCGUCAUGCGCGACCUGAACCACGGGCUGGACCAGAUCCCGCCGGAGGAGGUCGGGUCCGGCAUCACGCGCGACAUGGAGCGGCAGUGGCGCGUGCUGCAGGGGCUGCAGGCGCGCAAUGAGACGUUGUACUACCGGGUACUGGUGGAGCACUUUGUGAAGCUGGCGCCCAUCGUCUACACACCCACUGUCGGCUGGGUCUGCAGCAACUUCCACACUCUUUGGCGGCGGCCCCGCGGGAUGUUCUUCAAUCUUGAUGACAAGGGCCAGCUUGCUUCCAUGAUCUACAACUGGCCCCAGACACACGUCAGCGCCAUCGUCGUGACCGACGGCAGCCGCAUCCUGGGGCUGGGGGACCUCGGGGCAAACGGCCUGGGCAUUCCCAUUGGGAAGCUGGACCUGUACGUGGCGGCUGCCGGGUUCCACCCCGACCACGUGCUGCCCUGCGUGAUCGACGUGGGCACCAACAACCAGCGUCUGCUCAACGACCCGCUGUACGUUGGCCUCAAGCAGCGGCGGAUCGGGGGCACCGCCUACUACGAGCUGCUGGACGAGUUUGUCAAGGCGGUCACGUCGCGCUGGCCCGAGGCGGUGCUGCAGUUUGAGGACUUCAGCAUCGAGCACGCGCUGCCCCUGCUCAAACGCUAUCGGGACCACCACCUUGUCUUCAACGACGACAUCCAGGGGACCGCCUCGACCGCAGUGGCCGGCCUGUACGGCGCGCUGCGCGCCCUGGGGCGCGAGCCGCCGCACCUCGCGGCGCAGCGCGUGGUGUGCGUCGGCGCCGGGUCAGCCGGCAUGGGCGUGGUCGGGAUGAUCGCCAACGCCAUGGAGGUGCAGGGCCUCAACCCCCACCAGGCCGCGGCAAACUUUUGGGUCAUCGAUGCGCACGGACUCGUGACCGACGCCAGGCCCGAGCUGCCGCCGCACGUGCGCCGCUUCGCGCGGCCAGAGAAGGACCUGGAGGGGCAGCGCCUGCUGGAGGUGGUCAAGCAGGUCAAACCCACGGUGCUUCUGGGCCUCGCAGGCGCCGGCAAGCUGUUCACGCGCGAGGUGCUGCAGGAGGUCGCGGCCCACUGCGAGCGGCCCAUCAUCUUCCCCAUGUCAAACCCGACCAGCAGGAUGUGCAGGCCCCUGUGGGUUUUGCCAUUCAGCAUGAAUGUUGAGCCCGCGCUUACAGCAACGCCGCACCUGUGA